GUAAUCACAAUUAUAAUGAACGCUAAUCCACCCAUCCCGCCCUCUCCCGCCCAGGAUAUUAUGCUGUUCGCAAGCAUCGUCGCUUUGGUGGGGUUGCUAGGGUCCGCCCACGCCCACGACUGGGGAUUUGGCCAGUGCCCGCGAGCAAACCCUUUCCCGAACCUCUCCGCAGAUAAGUUCCUUGGUCUGUGGUAUGUCAUCGAGCAGUUCGACACGAGUUCGACCUGCCUGACACUGAAUUACAGCCGAGUGUCAACCACGCAGCUGAAAGUCACCAAGUCCCGACAGCUGUACUUGCUCGACAGCCUCAACAUCGACCACACCAACGACUACACUGGAACGCUCGACAUCCCCGACGGAGAGAACGCUGGCAAGAUGCGCGUCAAGUGGCCUCUUAACGUGGCAGGCAAGGGAGAUUAUGUUGUGUAUGACACCGAUUACAACACUUAUGCUGCCAUUUACGAGUGCCAGCAGCUUAGUUCCCUUAUGCACCGCAAGUCAGCGUCCAUCCUGUCUCGCACUCCCGCGCUGGACCAAACCUUUGUCAACAGGACGAAGCGUCUACUCAAUUCCUUCAACAUCGAUACUGAACAUUUCGACGUCGUAGACCACAGCUCUUGCACCAGACGUUCUGACACGGAUCUCAGCAUCAAGAUCGACGAAGACACGUUCAAGAAGAUCAUGUCUGGGGCUUCAGAAGGCAUCAAGAACGUGGCUUCAACGCUGACGACCUUCUUCCAGGUGGCUGACGGAGCGAGCAACCUGGCUGACACCGUAGUCGACGUCACGAGGCGCCUUGGGGCUCAGACGGACGGGACGGACGUCAACGCGGCUAUCCAAGUCGACCCCGACGUAGAGCUCGUCUCGUAAGGGGGAAUGAGGUGGGGGGGCGACGGGUGAGGAGAAGAAAUGGGGGAGGAGGAGGAGGAGGAGGAAAUGGCAAGAGGAAGGAACGUGUGAAGGAAUAAGAAGGACGUGAAUGAUAGGAGAGAGAGAAGAUGGAAAGAGUGUGACGAAAGGCGAGGAGGAGAACGAGGUGCUAUGUUGAGAUUCUGCUUUAAGGAGAAAGAGUGAAAUCGCAGCUAAGAGAGUAGACGGGGCGAGAGGAGAGGCUGAAGACGCCUGGACACACAAUAAUGUAUCCACCAAAAUGACCUAUGUUAACCUCAUUGUAUACUGUAGGUUUGUGUCGUAGUUCUGUUACCUUUGUUAUGUUAGUACGUACAGUACCUGUAAUUUCCGACAUUGAAGUCUUGGUAAAACACACAUUAGAAAAUUAGCAACAUCUAGCAAUAGUUAUAUUUUAUACUGAAUUUCAUAUUUUACUAUAGGAAACUGGCUGGCCAGAAUUUUACCGAGAUGGAGUCACUACUUUUGCUAUACUAUUGUUUCCUUGUAAUAAAGUUCAAAAGAAA